AUGAUUCGAUGGAAUCAUGAAGAAUACCUCAAUAAGACUGUCAUUAGAUUAGGUGAUUUCCAUACUGUGAUGUCGUAUUGUACUGGAAUUUCCAAAAUUUUCAAGGAUGCAGGCUUAACGGUAUAUAAUUACACAAUAUAGCGACAGGUUCAUAUUAAAUAUCUUGCUGUAGAUUGUUGCUCAUCGCCAGAAGCAGAGACGUAGAUAUGAAAGAGGUUCUUCAAUACUCAUUAAGACCAUUCCACUUCCUUUGGCUAUAUCUGAUGGCAAUCUUGUAAAAACUGCUGUGUAAGAGCACAUAAGUUGGUUUUUGAGGCAUUACAACGAAUGAGAUUCCAAACAUACAUUAAUUCAUUAUCUGAAUCCGAAGAAUUUUUUUCCCAUUGUCACCUUCUCACAGAAUGUUUUGAAAAUUAUACGUUCAAAGAGUUUUGCCUCGAAACCAAUACCUUAGACGAGUUAUACUGCAACUUUGAUGAAUUUAACAAAAAAUGUACGUUGCCAAGAAAAUCCAACAUUUGCGUUCUGGUCGGUAUACAUUGAAAUGGUUCAAGUACUUCUGUUAUACAUCAGAGCAACUAGAACAUCCGACUGGGCCUUGCAUCUUUCUGCUCUAAGAUCUAUGAUCCCUUGGUUUUUUACUACCGACCGCAUCAAUUACGCACGAUACUCCCCCUGCUACUGGUUAGAAAUGUCUUGUCUGGACGAAACACACCCGUGUAAAUGUAUUACUGGCAAUAAAUGAAAAGUUAGAAUAAUGAGUUAGGCAAUUACUUUACCUUACCAAACAUUGAUUAGGACAAGUUGUUAUCCAGUGGAGGUAAUGCAUGUUGUACACCCAAAUUAUCAAUUACUUUAUUCUUCAACUUUUUAGACGUUUCGUUCAACAUUGCAACGAACUGGACUGUACAGAGACUAUGUAUUUUCAAGUGUCGCAUGUGACCAAACUAUAGAACAAACGCUAAAUCGCGACUCUAAAGUGAAAGGUGGGCUAGUAGGCAUUACUCUUAAUCGUGGGGCUAUGCAUCGAUGGAUACUAGGACAAGUAGAACGAGCAGCAAUCAUGCGUCAAUGUGAAUCGAUGGCAAAUGUAUCUGAUAUCCCCAGGUGAAUAUAAUGCAUGAAGAUAAAAAUAUUUACAAUAUAGUAUGCAUUCAUACGAACAAAAAAUGAAUAAAUUAAACUUGCAUGUUCAUUCACAUUUCAGAGAUAGAAAGGACUUGGACAAGACAAGGAUAAAAUCUGACGAAGAUGCAGUAGUAGAAGUUAUUCACACAAUCGACGCUUUUGUUAAUCCCUUUGAAAAUGAUCAUACCGAACUCGUCCAUCUCGCAAGUGGAAAAGUAGUCACAAAUGCUGUUGCAUCAGACAUGACAAACAUGUUCGAAAGAGGCGAAAAAGCUGCCUUGGAUUUCAUGAACACGAAAGUUCUAUGUAGCAAACCUGAUAUAUACGCUGCAAUUAAGAAAACUAAUUUGAAGACUUUUUCUCAAAUGAGCACAAAGGUGAACAGCAAAAAUAGGAAAGGAGACGUUGUAGCAGUAAAGAAUUCAAAAAAGCUUUUUGCCAAAAUGUUGCUCAUCGCCAGAAGCAGAGACGUAGAUAUGAAAGAGGUUCUUCAAUACUCAUUAAGACCAUUCCACUUCCUUUGGCUAUAUCUGAUGGCAAUCUUGUAAAAACUGCGAAGUCAAAGCUGUUACAUCUUAUCGAGAACAGGACUACUGAUCACUUUGUUGAUAGAAUUGAAGGCGAUAAAGUUCUUAUACUGGAUGCUAUGGCAAUACAUCAAACUAUCAAAAUUAUCCCAUCUACAUUUGGUGAGCUUGCCCAUAAACAACUUGUCAUGGUUGUGGAACUAGCCGUGAAGUCGAAAGCGAAAAGAGUUGAUUUUGUAUGCGAGCGUUAUCCUGCCCAGAGCAUAAAAGACUUUGAAAGGGAAAUACGUGGUGAAAGAGGGACGCAGCUGAUUAAAAUCUACAGUCCCCUCCAGAAAGUUCCUCCCCAAUGGAAGAAAUUUAUAACGGCUGGAGAAAACAAGGAAGAACUGAUAAAAUUUCUUUUUAAAUCCUGGAGUGAAGAGUGUGAUCCACAGCUGCUGCGAGGUGUAGAAGUUUUAAUCGCACACGAAAGCCAGUGCCAUCAGCUUGUUGCCUUGACAAAUACAAUCGCAUGCCACGAAGUAGAAGAUCGUGCCUGUGACCACGAGGAGGCGGACACGAGAAUACUCGCUCACGCAGAGAGUGCGUCCGCAGAGUAUUCCAGUAUCAUUAUUAAAAGUCCGGAUACGGACAUAUUUAUCAUAGCCGUAAACGCUAGCUUGUCAAUUCAUGCGCGCUGAUUUAUAUUUCGAGACGGGGACAAAAGAUAAAAGGCGGAUAAUAUCAAUUAGUAAGGUUAAAGAGAACUUGGGAGAUCUAUGGAGUGCAGCAUUAAUUGGUUUUCAUUCUUUUACAGGUAACACUUUUAAUUUUAAAUUUGCUGAUCAACCAUUCUCCGAAUGAAAAAUUAAUAUAUAUCCUUCUUUAAGUUGUGAUACCACAAGCGCAUUCUUUGGAAAAGGAAAGUCUUCAGCGCUUAAAAUUGCGAUUGAAAGCGAAGAAUACGCUCUGGCAUUUUCAAACCUUGGAAAUGAAUUGGAUGUACCAAGUUCUAUGAAAGUUGUCUUAAAAACGUUUGUGUGCCAUUUGUACGGCGCUGAAAAUCAGAGUGAUGUCAAUCUCAUUCGUUACUUACUGUUUAAAGGAGGAAAAUUUGACGAGGAAUUAUUACCACCAAACGAGGAUUCUUUGGAGCAGCAUGUGAAGCGAGCGAAUUUCCAGUGUUUUAUUUGGAGGCGUGCAACAAACUCCAUGAUGGUUGCACCCAGUUUCUCUGGACACGGAUGGGAGAUCGAUAACAUUAAUAUUGGACACGUGCACAUAACAUGGAUGACUUUGCCUCCAGCACCUGACUCCGUACUGGACUUUGUUAACUGUAAGUGCAAGACCGGUUGCAUCAAUGACCGUUGCUCUUGUAAAAAAGCUAACUUGAAAUGUUCCGAGCUUUGUAACUGUAGUAAUUGCCAGAAUGGUGCCAAUGGAGAUACGGACACAAUUGAGGAUGUUGAUUCUGACGACACAUAUAAUCCAGUUGAUAGCGAUAGCGAUAGCAGUGUAACUGAGUUCUAA